GUCUCUUUCAAGCUCAGCUUUGAAGCUUCAGCCAGCAAGGAGUUCAAUCACCUCACUCGCCGAAAUGAAAUCUGCAGAAGAAGAUGCAUUCAGCUACGCACCAAAUGUCACCCUUUCUCUUCCACUUGGGAUGGGGAACCCAUGUCUGGCCGCUCAAUACCACACCUUACAGUCCAGUCCAGUUAUCUCGGUGACGUCUUGCCAUCAGUCAGGCUACAGCUUCCAAAAUGACAACCAUGUAGCCCCAGGUUAUUAUCUACCGCAUGGCCUAAGACCAAAUGGAGCUCCAGCCCUGGAAAGUCCUCGUAUUGAAAUCACUGCCUAUAGCCAGUGCACUGAGGAUCAAGUGGAAGAAAGAAGCUGUGAGGACCACAUCAUCAAAAGAGGUGUUAACUCCAUUGUGACACUAACACUGCCCAGUGCAGAUGGCUACCGUGAUCCCAGCUGCCUUAGUCCUGCAAGCAGCAUUUCAUCACGCAGCUGUAAUUCUGAAGCAUCCUCCUUCGAGUCUGGCUUUUACAACUAUGACAACUCUCUACAGAAUUCCCCCUGGCAGUCUCCCUGUGUAUCUCCCAGAGGCUCAUCUUCACUUUUGUCUUGCCCGCAUGCCAGUGGCCCUGCAGCCUCCCCUCACAAUUCACCCUCCACAUCCCCUCAAAUUGGAGCAGUGGCUGAAGAAGGCUGGCCAGCUCAGCCUCGCGACUCAAGGCCUAACUCUCCUUCUUUCAGUGGAGGUGGAGGAUGCAACAAUAUCAGCAUUGCUGCAGUGGGCAAGAGAAAGUACAGCUUCAAUGAUAAUCCCUACCACCAGACAUCCCGUUCUCCCCACCAAUCUUCUACUCCUUCUCCACAUGGCUCCCCUAGAGUCAGUGUCACAGAUGAGAACUGGCUUGCCAACGCAAACCAGUAUACCAACUCUGCGAUUGUGGCUGCUAUCAAUGCUCUGACCACGGAUGGAAUGGUAGACAUGGGAGAAGGGAUUCCCAUCAAGACACGCAAGUUGGUAGACCAUUCACCUUCCAUGAGCCUCAAGGUCGAGCCGAGUGGAGAGGAGCUCAGUCAUGAGGGGGAAAUUAGCCCCGACGAGUAUCCUUCUCGCCUCGUUUUAAAGAAGGAGAACUACUGCGGAGGCUUCCUGGAAGUGCCCCAGAAUCCUUACUCUUGGUCCAAACCCAAACAUUACCUCAGCCCAUCCUUGCCAGCACUUGACUGGCAGCUUCCAUCGUGCUCCGGUCCAUACAGUUUGCAGAUUGAGUUACAGCCAAAGUCCCACCACAGGGCCCACUAUGAGACUGAAGGUAGCCGGGGGGCAGUCAAGGCUUUAUCUGGAGGCCACCCAGUUGUCCAGCUUUAUGGCUACAUGGAAAGCGAGCCACUCACUCUACAGCUGUUCAUAGGGACCGCAGAUGACCGCCUCCUUCGACCGCAUGCCUUCUACCAGGUCCACCGCAUCACUGGCAAAACCGUCUCCACUGCCAGUCAUGAAGUCCUGCAGUCCAACACCAAAAUUCUUGAGAUCCCUCUGCUUCCUGAAAACAACAUGAGGGCUUUAAUUGAUUGUGCAGGCAUUCUUAAGUUGCGCAACUCGGAUAUUGAGCUUCGCAAAGGGGAAACAGACAUUGGACGUAAAAACACUCGAGUGAGAUUGGUGUUCCGCGUACACAUCAACCAGCCCAAUGGCAGGACCGUGUCCUUACAAGCUUCCUCCAACCCCAUUGAGUGUUCCCAGCGAUCAGCGCAGGAACUUCCCUUGGUGGAAAAGCAGAGUAUCGAAAGCUACCCAGCAACUGGUGGCAAAAUGAUGGUCCUGAGUGGUCUCAAUUUUCUCCCUGACUCAAAGGUGGUGUUCGUAGAAAAGGCUCAGGAUGGCCAUCAUCUUUGGGAGACGGAAGCCAAAGUUGACAAGGACUCAGUCAAAUCUAAUUCAAUUUUUGUUGAGAUCCCACCAUACCGAAACCAGAGAAUAUCCAGCCCUUUGCAGGUAAACUUCUACGUGUGCAAUGGCAAGAGAAAGAGGAGCCAGUACCAGAACUUUACCUAUCUUCCUCCCAGCGUGCCGUUGAUAAAGACAGAGCCCAAUGAUGAAUAUGAUUCUUUGGGGACUUCAAUGUUGGCAAUGCAUUCAAAGUCCUACUUCAGUCAUCCAAGACUCAAUCCAAUAAUGCCUGUUGCCGAUCAUGAUGCUUGUCUGGCCAGCGGAUACCCUCCCUGCCCUUCCCUUAAUGCUGCCAUACCAUCAUCGUCCCCCAAUUCUAGCCCGACCCUGCAUGAUCUCUCGCCUGUGGCAUACAGCAAGUGCCUCCCAAAUAGUCCCACCCAUGCAGCACCCACAGUUCAGAUGUCGACUACCUUCCAAGAAAAUGGUAGGUCAGUCCUUAGCCACCCAGCAUCUCCUGACCACAGCUCUUCCCUAGCUAUGCUCCAAACUCAGGAAAGUCCAAGUCCCCUCAACAGUCCAGGAACCCAUGGAUUCCAGCCUGUCUAUGCCAACAGUAGUCCUUCAUCCUCCCCAGCCUCCCAUGCUUCUACUCCAGGCGGGUCUGCAGAGAGUCGAUUUAUUCAGGCCUACAGCCCCAGCCAGGCUCAGGCACCAGCCACCUCAGCCCAGGCUGAAGGAAAUUCACCCAACCUGCAACAUGAGGAAUCAAGACCCCCUGCCAUCACCGUCAAGCAGGAGCCCCAAGAACUGGACCAGAUGUACCUAGAUGAUGAUGAUGAUCCCAUGGGAAUGGGGACCCACAUUGCCUUAUGGGUGGUGCCCGGCCGGGCCCCGUGGGUACAGGCCGAGCCACGAGAUGCUCACCUUCGAGGCCCACCUCCAGGCCUGGCUCCAGAGGGGGGUCCCGGUAACCCACGUCCAGGCAAGGGAAACCUGGAUCCAGGGUACGGGACGUCGUGA